AUGAUUGUUUUUGUCUCUACCCAGGAGCUGACAGAAACAGAGGCCCCUGCUGUAAAAAAGACAAAGAAGUCAGAGAAGAGCAGAAUUUGUUCUCCCGAUGCCCAUGCUCUCUCUGACACCGAGAAGUCGCCCAAGCUCUCCGGCGUGGAGACGGACUUCCAAGGCUUGGCCCCCUUCUUCGCGGGGAAAACUAAGGCCUCCAGGCUGAGGAAAAUUCCCUUGGGCACCUCCGUUGCACCACCUCACACGACUCUUUUAAUUUGUUCUUUACACAGCUACCCUGCUGUACUCCGGAAAUUCGGCCUGUUGCCGACUACCAUCAGCCUGUACUUGGGCCACGCGGUGUCAUUUAUGGAGUACUUCAGGGCCAUGCCACCCAGCCACUCGCGGCUGCAGCGUGGGCAAACGAAAGUCCUGAUCCUGGAGCUGAGGAAGCUGAGCAGGGACAUAGGGCGGAACGUCCUGGGACACCAGCUGCUGACCAAGCAGAAAAAGGUGUCCAAGCUGGUGUCCAAGGAGGACCUCCGCCUUUGCCAGCUCCUUGCUCGGGAGAAAAUCCCCUCUCUGCUCGAGGACAUUGAGAAGGUGCCAGCGAGGGACCCCAAGACCCGCUACCGGUUCUUUGGCUACCUCGCUGCCUACCUGUCGGUAAUUUAUGGCCACCGGACUGGGGUGCUCACCAGGAUGAGGGUGAAGGAGGUCCGGCAGGCCAUAGGCGAUGACCAGACUGGUUAUCUCAUCAAUGUCCUCGAGCACAAGACUGCCCGCAAAUUUGGAACCGCGCAAAUCCUCGAGCCGGAAGAAUUUGCGUGGUUUCGGACCUGGCUAAGGCUGAGGGACAGGGCCGUUGCCAGGAACAAUAAUUUUUUUUCCUCCCUUGGCCGUGGGGAGGCAAAGGACAUGGCCCGAUACUUCAGUCGAGCAUGGAAGGAAAUGGGACUCAAGGGGUACCCGACCAUAAUGGACAUUCGGACGGCCGUGUCCACCUACAAUUUUAAGGAGAACAACCCGGAGGUCCGCGAGAACCUCUCCAAGUUCAUGUGUCACAACGUGGACACCCAGGAGAGGUUCUACGCGUUGCACAAAAACCUCUCCCGGGCGAGAGAGAUCCAGAAGCUGUUUGUCUGCCUCUCGCUUAGAGAGGGGGACUCGUCAAAAGACCAGCCGGCUGCUCCGGGAACUCCACCCUCUCAACCACAGGCUCCUGACAGUCCCGGUCCUGCUACUCCCACUGCCGCCUCCGGGUCUCGAGCGGCAGAGGAGACUGGCCGAAAGAGAACGCCCGUGAAGACCCGGCAGCAAUUGGCCCAAGCCAUCAAAAAGAAGGUGGGGUACUCCCCCUUCCAGCGGGGGACAGCAGUUGUAAAACUCAAGAGGUUGUAGUGUGUGUGUGUGUGUGAAAAAUUGUUAUGUUUGUGCACUUUUUUCUUUUUGUUCUAAUGUUGACAGUGUGCACUGUUUUGUGUUCUGGUUUUUGAAAUUUCUUGUUUGUACUGUUCUAAUUAUUGUUGUUGUUCAUAUUUUUCUCAUUGUUCAAUUAAACCGUUU